GAGACCACUGUGUUGUAUUCACAUCUCUAGCGGCAGAAGUGCAGACAAUUUUUUCACAAAAAUUUAUAAAUGCAAAUUAGAGAGUGCAGUGAGAUUUGUGUGCAAUGGAAGCGAGUUUAGAGGAGAGCAUGGACAGCGAUCACGCUAGUUCGCCAAUCAGUAAGCCGGAUGCGAGGGAAUCCCCACCAGGAGUGGGCCUCAAUGGAAACGGCAAUGGUAGUGGUAGUGGCAGCCAGGAGACCCCGAAUAAUGGCGUUGCUAUAGCCAAGGAAAAACCAAGCGAGGGCCAGUGGACCAAGCCCUUCAAUGCAUUCAGUGGGCGACCCAUUGGGGAGCACACAGCCCAGCAGCAGGCGCUGCAGCAGCAACAGCAGCCACCGCCGCAACAGCAGCAGUCGCAGCCGCAGCAGCAGCAGCAACAACCCCCUCCUGGGACAAACGGAGUGACGGGACCACCGGAAAUCUGGGUGGAAACCAAGGCGGAGGACGGCCGCUCCUAUUAUUACCAUGCGGUAACCAGGGAAACCACCUGGACCCGACCCGAUGGACCCACUGUCAAGAUAAUGACCCAGGCCGAGGUGGAGGAGAUGGCCAAGCGACCAGCCCAAGCCGCCAAGGCGGAAGCGAAGGCCGCCGAGACUCCAAUUGAGGUUCCAGGGGUGUCGUCCCAUCUCACCUCGCAACCGCCACCGCACCUGAUGAGCCAGCCACCACCAAAUGCGGCGACUCCGCUGCUUUCCCAGCCGCCUCCAAAUGUGCGCCAGCAGCCGCCGCCCAUGUUCCAGCCACCUGGGAUGCAGCCGCCUCCCGGGUUUGGACAACCGCCGUUUUGUAUGCCGCCGCCGGCUUACGGAUUUCCUGGAGGCGCCGCUCCAGGUGGAACGCCUUGGGGCGUUGGCAUUCCGCCCUGGCAGCAGCACAUGCAUGGCGGCCAGGAUAACAAGCCAGCCAAGUCGCUAAUCAUCAAGCCGGGCGUUAUCGAUCCAGCGGUUAUUGCGCGGGCAGCAGAGUGGUCAGAGCAUCGUGCUCCCGAUGGCAGACCGUACUACUUUCAUGCCGCUCGAGGGGAGAGUGUAUGGGAGAAACCUCAGGCACUGAGGGACAUGGAAGCCGCCAGAAUGGCUGCCCACUCUGGUGUGGCGCCUGCUGUGGCAACGGCUCCGUCCGGACUACCGCCCCACCUGCUACCCAAUCCCAUGAUGCAUAUGCCACCGGGCUCUGCGCCGCCGGGAUUUGAUCCCCAUGCCGCUUUUGCAGCCGCUGCUGCAGCAAUGAAAGCGAAUUCGGAGAAUACCAAGGCGGCGCAGGCUGCCGCCCUCGAAAAGGAGGCUAAGAAGGCGGCGGAAGAGAAGCGGAAAAAGGAGGAGGAGCAGAAGAAGGCGGCAGCUACCGCAAAGCAGACGGACAAGAGUCGACCGGUGACAAGUACACCCAUCGCUGGAACGCCGUGGUGUGUCGUGUGGACAGGAGACGCUCGCGUCUUUUUCUAUAAUCCAUCGACGAGAACUUCGGUUUGGGACCGACCCGAGGACUUAAUGAAUCGCGAAGACGUUGACAAGGCGGUAAACGAACGUCCCGAGCAACUGAAGACCCCGCAGGAAAAGUCCGCUGAAGCGGAUCAAAAAUCCAGCGAGGAGGCAGCCCAGGAACAGGCUCAAGCGCAAGUUCAAGCCCAGCAGCUGGAACAGGUGCAGCGGGUGGAUCCAGAGGACGACGAUGACGACGAGAUUAUCAAGAUUCGAACUGAGUCCGAGUCCAGUGUGGAGGAGGUGCCUACCAAACGAGUGCGAAUGAUUUCAAAGUCAAAGCGGGCCGAGGAUGCCGCCUUAGAGGCUGAGCAGCGGGCAGCUAAGGAGCGGGCUUUGGUACCCUUAGAGAUGCGCGUCACCCAGUUCAAGGAAAUGCUUAGAGAGAAGGACGUUUCAGCUUUCAGCACCUGGGAGAAGGAGCUUCACAAGAUCGUGUUCGAUCCGCGGUAUCUACUGCUGACAUCAAAGGAACGUAAACAGGUAUUUGAAAAGUAUGUCAAGGAUCGGGCCGAGGAGGAGCGUAAGGAGAAGCGAAACAAGAUGCGUCAGAAGCGGGAGGAUUUCCGCAGCCUAAUGGAAGAAGCCAGGCUACAUGGCAAAUCCUCGUUCUCCGAGUUCAGCCAGAAGAACGCGAAGGAAGAGCGGUACCGGGCUAUCGAGAAGGUCCGGGAGCGGGAGAGUCUCUUCAACGAGUACAUUGUGGAGGUGCGACGUCGCGAAAAGGAGGACAAGCAGUUGAAGAAAGAGCAGCCACUAGCUAGCAGGUUACAGCACAAAUGCACCACCCAAAACACCAAAAUACACAACAGCAACAGCAUCAAGAUCCACCUGUACAACCACCUCAACAGCCAAUUCCGCCCGCCGUCCGUCAUCGCCGUCCACUGAUCUACUUGACCACGCACAUGUUUGCAAUCUGUGUGAAGAGGAUGUUGCGAUGUUGUGAAUGGCAUUGGGAGAUCAUGAGUGAUGAAGUUAGAAGUUCGCGUUGGGCUCUCGGAUGGAUGCCAACGAGCCGGAGACAGGCAGAGAGAGAUUGUUCCAGUGAUCCAGAGCGACAGCAAUUCGUGUGCAGGUGUCUGCGGCGCUGAGCAAACAGUAUGAAUAAUACUUAAUUUAAUUAACCCACUAUUUUCGUUUUGUUUACAAAUAAUGAACACACACAGCAGUUUGUCACCUGAAAGAGGCAAGCCCAAGGAACCGAACUCAGCCCAAUACAACCUGCGUAGACCAAAGAAGUGCGAGAUUGUUGGGCCCUAAGAUCUCAGCUCUUUGCUCUGGCAGGUUCAGGCAGCGGCCCGAAGUCGCUGAAAGGCUCUCAGCCCCUAUCCUUACCAUAUACCAUAUAUUUACUGUAGAUGUAUUGACUAUUGUACCCUUCGGCCUUGCUGAAGUCUCACCUCCACCGCCUGCUGAUCAAGAGAGAAAGGGCGGGGUUAGGUGGUCCGUCUGCUGUGUUAAGCACGCACAUUCUUCAAAUAUUGCUUUUUUCUGCACCUCCAUUAUUUUAAAAUGUGUUGUAUAUUUUAAUUUAUCAAUCGCAUUGAUUUGAAUUCCUAUCGCACGUAUAUUUUGCUAUUGCAGUUUACUUCACGUAGCUUCUGAAUUUAGAAAAGACACAGUUGAAAUCUGGAUUCUAAAUAUGAAUGGUUAAUUUACAAAAUGAUUUCUUGUGUUAUUUUAUGUAUUUUAAAUUUCAAGUUUAGAGACAAUGAUCUUAGUUGCAAUGUUUAGUUUAGGCGAUUUAUACAAAAAAGUAAUUUUUUAUAAUAAAAGCAAGUUUUAGACUUUUGUUAAAAAUUGUUUUAAGUGGAUUACAUUUCGGAUCUACUAAUUUUUGUAUAUUUCUGAAGAAUGUAUCUACAAACCAGAUGAUACUCUUAAAUAAAAAGAUAGUGGGAAAUUUGUUAUGUUACACUAUAAUGAAACCUGAAGCUUUGUGAAUUAUGCAAUCAUUUGAAUUUAUGCUUUUUAUUUGUUUAUUUUGGCAUUACCAAACGCGAUUUUGUGGUUCGAUUGUAGUCUGUCCCUGCCAAUUCUCUCUCAGCAAGCAGGACCAGAACUAAUCAAAAGUUUUGUUUCAGCUAAGUCUAUGAUCGCUAAUUUAAACCCUUCUUUUGCAGGUACAAAACCGUGUAACUAUGUUCAGUAGCUUAAGAAACAGUAGUCCUAAGCUUUAGAUUAGCCCAUUAAGUGAUAGAAUGUUAAGUGAAGGGCGCAUCAAUGCCAGACUUCUAAUUCGAUCUCUCUGUCGCAUUUCUCUUCUCUUCCGCAUGGCUGUCAUGUCAAUAUUCCUUUCACAUACACUCACAAACUUUAGAUCCGUAAGGACUUU